AUGGCAAAUACUGACAUUUUCCUGGGCCUGGCAGAAGCUGAUGUCAACAAGGCAGUGGCGUGGCUGGAAGACGCGCGCCACAUGCCGGCGUCCAGUGGUUUUUCGCCAACGCAAUGGCUGUGGCAUUGGCUUUCGUCUACGCCAGCCUUUGCGCCUGUAACGGAAGCUGCGGAAAAGAUGGACACCGUCUUUGGCUUUAGCUCUGGCGAUUGGGCUUUUCAUUGGAUCGAAGAGAUGGAAAAGGCUACCCUGAACCCAGGUUCAGCAGCCUCCCAGGCCGCGCCGGCGCAGACUGCUUUGGACAGCAAGUGGCCGCAUUUUCCUAAUGGCCACCGCUCCCUGGGAUUGGCACCGGCAGACCUUCUCCGUGCUCAUGCGUGGUUGGAGGAGGCCACUUCUUUCAAUGGUGCCGGUGGCUGGGAAGAAGACGAUUGGCUUCGCUACUGGAUGGAGCAGGAUCCGGUCUUUGAGACUUUGCUUCAGCGCGCUAAGGAGGCUGACCAUGGCUGGAAUAUUGGUCAAUGGCUUUGGCUUUGGGUGUCGCAAGCCGACCGACCUCAGCCACCGCCGGCGCCUCCUUUGGACACCGCGCCGCUUCUGGCUACCGGCAUUGGGCUGGACGCUUUCCCGCUCAGCCAGCACAAUGAGACGGUUAUCGUCCGGCAGAUUUACUGCCGUUCCACAUGUCAGGACUGCGGGGCUGGCCAUUGCGGGGUCGUGCUUACACGCGAAGACUUGCCUCAUCGGUCUGGUUGUGGACGCUACAUUCUUCCAGGUUCUAUGGCCGACCCAGGGAGCGACAAUGGGCGAGGCCUUCUCGUGCCGCCGACUCCCUCAGACAAGCUCUCAGUUCUUUGGGAAUCUUUGAACCUUGAUUUCCCGGAAGAGGUUGCCUCCCAUUCGGAGUUGAACCGCACCAUUCGCAAUUUUGGGUUCUUGGCGACCUCCUUUGAUCAGUUGGAUCAGUGGUUGGAGUCGCACGGUCUCCUGGACUUUGGCUCCGGGACACAUGCGGACCUCCGGUGUCUUUGGCACAGGUCACAUGCCUUGGCUUGCUCUGAGGGACACACAGCAGCUGUGCCCUUUCCGCCGCAAUCCCCUGCUCUGCCCUUGCCGCAGGACCAGUCCCUCAGCUCGGCUUCAGACCCUAGCCGCACCGUGUCUGCUGCCGCGUCAUGGAACGAGCCUUUCCCAGCUAAGCUCUCUUCAGACAAAACGGCCGAGCUUCGAGCCGCUUUUCUGCGGAAAUACCCUAGCGAGGUUUUGGACGACUCCACCAUGCCUUCGGCUCGUCUCCUUGCUUUGGCUUUUAAACAAGCCUCGUCCCAAGAAUGGCGCUUCAUCCCUUGGCGUUGGCGCAUGUCAGUGCUUGAGCUUGAAGAGCAGCAGUUGCAGCGCCCCCGCAAACUGGCCAGGACUGAGUUGGCAGACCUCAUUUUGGAUGAUGUCCCCUCUCGGAACCUCCCGGACACACUGGGCAUGUUUGCAUUGAGCAAGAUUUUGCACCUGCACAGUGUGGCGAUGGCCAUGGUCACUGAUGUGCAUUUGGUGACGCUUAAGAAGUACGAGUCCACUUUCCUCCGCUUUGCUUCGGCUCGCUUUGACAGUAGCAGUGGCCUUCGCCCACCCAAUGCAUUGGAAUGUGAGCAAGCAGAUCGUCGAUUCUGGGAGGCCGUGUCCGAACUCCGUUUGCAAAGUUGGUCUUUGGACGACUGCAUCCAUGAGAACACAGCCGUCCGCAGCGAGCUGGCCUCUCUUUUGGCACCGCGCGUUUUCCUGCCCAAGGCUUCAGAGGGCAAAGGAGCAGGGGGAGGAAAGGGCAAUGGCUCCGGUGCUGGCUUUGGCAAUGGACGAGGACGCGGCAAAGGCAAGGGGGAUGGACGAGGUCGUGGGAGUGGCCUUGGCACCGGUCGUGGGGGAUCCGGUCUGGGCAACCAAGGCAACUCCGCGGGGACCUCCACAAAUCGCCAGGAGUGGGCAUCCUCCGCAAAAAUUAACGGAGAAGUCAAGACCCUUUGCAUGCGCUGGAGUCAGCGCACAGGAUGCAAAAAUCCAUCAUGCCGCUUUGAACACCUUUGUCCCGUGAAGCUUCCCAGUGGCAAGAUUUGUCUUGGCAACCACCCGGCUUGGCAGCAUACUGACACCCCGCAUUGA